GGUUAGCAUAGCGGCAGUCAAAGCCAUGGUUCGCGAACAGCGGAGCAGUCAGUCGCUUGUUGAUUCACUGGUCGGUUGACGUUUUCUGCGCGCGCUCUCACAUGAGUGUUGCUUGUGUUGUUUAUCGUAAAUUUGCGUGGGUUUAUUUCCGUUGUGGAACCGUUAGAAGCCCGCCUCGAAUGUCCUGACGUGGGUGUAUGUAUUUGUGCCAGCCCAGCUUGGUUGUAUGAGAUCGCUCCACGCCGCGCCGCCGGGAGAGUUGAAAAUCUCGGCGUGACAUAUGUUGGAAGCUUUCGUCUCGUUUAUUGGCGUUUAUUAUUGUGCAAUCAGCGAACAAUUGCCCGACCAGCCGCGACACGGGCUGUGCUAAGUGAAUACAAAUUAGAGCCCAGUGCAAAAUAGAAGUCCCAUCCGAUCAUCCGAUCGAGUGCUGCAGCGUUAAAAAUAGUUGCCACGGUCGUUGUCAGUGAGCAGACAAACUCAAUCGAAUUAAAUGUGUGAACCAAUUUAGGUUCAAUUUAGACGCGCUGCUGCCCUCUGCCUGUUACCGAACCGGAGGAGUAUACUAAACAAGUUGGAAAAGAUGACCGCCAUCGACAGCGAACUGUUGGGGCUUGCCUUCAUGGCGUUCUUCAUCAUCACCUUCUCCUCGACCGCCCGGUACUACUUUAAGUUCGUCUGUUUCUUCGUCCUGUCGAUGGUUUGUGCCGUUGGACCAAUUCCAUUUAUGCUGCUCCGGCCGCGGGAUCAUCGCAAUGCUUUGUUUCCGGCCUUUUGCUGUAGGAAGUUUGGAAAGAUGCUGGGAGCAACGUUCGAAGUUCGUGGAAUAGAAAACAUCGACCAAAAGCACGGUGGAGUGGUGCUAAUGAACCAUCAGAGUGCUUUGGAUCUUAUCGUGUUGGCUUACCUUUGGCCCAUUAUCGGCCGGGCCACGGUAGUCGCUAAACGGGAGGUGCUCUACUUGUUCCCCUUCGGAACGGCCAGUUGGCUGUGGGGAACGCUUUUCAUCGAUCGGAAAAACCAGAAGGAGGCAAAAACAACAAUCAACAAGGAGACGAAAGCUAUCAACGAAAAGCAGGCGAAAAUUUUAUUCUUUCCCGAAGGAACCCGAGGGCAUGGGGACAGCUUGCUACCCUUUAAGAAAGGUUCCUUUCACGUUGCCAUCGAGUCGCAAGGUUUCAUACAACCGGUGGUAAUAUCCAAGUACCAUUUUCUGAAUUCCAAAGCGAAAGUUUUCAACCGAGGUCAAAACAUAAUUAAAAUACUGCCGGAAAUUUCCUGUGCCGGCCUGACGAAGGAGGACAUUCCAGCGCUAAUGGAUCGGGUCUACAAGCUAAUGCAGGCCGAGUACGAGACGUUGAGUGAUGAAUCGUUGGCGAUAAACAAUCUCAGCAAAAGUCUGUAGAUUGGCCGUCCGUUAGUUACUCGAAAGAAACGGCCGAGAACACCUUUCCAGUGGGUUUGUUUUGUACUUUUUUACAAGCUUCACAAAUGCUUACCAAUGCUGCAGUCUUGAAGAAUAAUUGCGUGGAAAUUGAAAGCUUUUCAUCAGCACUUUCCUUCCACCCAUCGAUUUAUAAAAAAAAACAAACAAACAGAAUACUAUACGAAGGCACGAUGGAAUAAAGACUGCUCAAGUAAUUCAUCUUCCCCGCCCACACAUUAAAUAGAUACCUGAAGAAAAUCGCGAAACGCGAUAGUUUAGACGUUCUUUCAAUCGCACAAAUUGCUCGGUUUUAUAUAAUUUAUGAACAAGAGAAAAAACGGUGUCUUAGCAAGAAAAAGGACGGGUAAAGUUCCUCUCUAACUUAAUGCGCAAACUGCAACCCAUUGCUGACUGCUGAAUUUAAACUUGUAAAAGGCAAACUAUGUAAAUACAAUAUCUUGGCAGCACAAUGCAGUGAAAAUCAAUUGUAGUGAGAUUUUACGAACAGAACUAAUUUAUGUACACGUGAUUUGCAGUCUGUAAUAAUUAUUAAAAUUUCUUCACAUAAAAAAAAAAACUAUUUCAUCUUGCGAAAGUCCAACAUCCAUCAACUCGCCCCUUGUGACUGCCAUCUUGCAAAGUAACCCGGAUUCGAAUAAAUCGUUGACAGCCACGUGUGAUUGUCGGACGAGAGUAAACAAAGCAAGCUCAGUUCAGCCGAGUGAAAAAAAAAAUCGCAAAAUGUCUUCUUUAAAACCGGUUUGCCGUAUCUGUCUUUCAACCGACGAAUUACAAGUAUCCC